AUGCAUACUAACAAGGCAUAUAUCGACUAUGAUAGUCGAAAUAUUCGAUCACAUUCAUGUUGGCAUCAUCGUCGGUUCAAGAUUUUUUGUAUUUCCUUGAUAAUCUUAGGAGUACUCAUUAUUGUUUUCAGUCUUUUGUUGAAAUUUGUUAUUCUUACUCCAAAGAAAACAACUACUAUCAGUACAACAACAGGGACAACCACUACUAUCACUACAACGGUAGGAACAACCACUACUACCACCACAACGAUAAGAACAACCACUACUAUCACCACAACGAUAGGAACAACCACUACAACUGAGAAGCCAGGAUGGGUAACUACUGCUGAUAUGAACAUUGCUCGAAUUGAGCACACUGCAAACCUACUAAAAAAUGGAAAAGUAUUAAUCACCGGAGGAAUUCAUAAUUCAUCCGAUUUAAACGUUGCUGAGCUGUAUGAUCCAUUGAUAGGACUUUGGACAGUUACUGGUACUAUGAAGAACAAACGUUACGGACACAUAGCAAUGACCCUGAGGAAUGGAAAAGUAUUGGUGGCUGGUGGGCUUAGUUACCCUAAAUAUUUAAAUACUGCAGAAGUAUAUGAUCCAUCAACAGGAAUAUGGACAAUGACUGGUAACAUGAGAGAUGCUCGACAUUUGGCUGCCGGAUCAAUAUUAUCGAAUGGAAACGUAUUAAUUAGUGGAGGGAACAAUGAUUCUGGGUUUUUGAGUAGUGCAGAAAUCUAUGAUCCAUCAACUGGAAUUUGGAGUACUACUGGUAGUAUGACACAUGCACGAAAUCGACAUACAUUAUCUCUAUUGUCAAAUGGACAGAUAUUAGUUACAGGUGGAUAUGCAAAUCCUACAUUUUUAAAUAGUGCUGAAUUAUAUGACAUAACAACAGGAAAGUGGACUACUACAGCUAAUAUGAAUGAGGCACGAGAGCGACAUACAGCAAACGUCUUAUCCGAUGGUAAAGUGCUAGUUACAGGUGGAUCUUAUAAUACUAAAGUGUAUAAUACUGCUGAAUUAUAUGAUCCAUUAACCGGUCGCUGGGAAUUUGCUGGUAAAAUGAAUAAUACAAGAUGUAAUCAUCAAGGAGUAUUACUGCAUAGUGGAAAAGUAUUAGUUACUGGUGGGUCUGAUGAAAGAAAAGUUCUCGAUAGUGUUGAAUUAUAUGAUCCUUCAACGAAAAUGUGGACAACAGUUGAUGGUAUGAUUUCUAAUCGCGAAUUUCAUACAGCAUGCUUAUUGUUGAAUGGAAAAGUAUUAGUCAGUGGUGGAUCUAUUGACAAUUUAUAUUUAGCUAGUUCCGAAUUAUAUAAUCCAUGA